AUGGGGAAGGUUACGAAGAAGCCACAGGAGAAGCACAAAGUAUCUCUGUCACCUGCGGUAUCAGACCUCGUCAACAAGGUUUCCACCGCACAUCUCGCAGAUCUUCCGGCCCUCUUUACGGCUUGGUCGCAAAGAUGGCCAUAUCCUCGCGGCGACCUCAACAACUGGAUUGAACCUCUUGAUCGUUUCGACACUAUCUUGGAAAAGUUUAACACAAAAUAUGGAUUGGACAAAGGCCCUCAGACGACACCGUUUGGCACAUCAUUACUCCUCGAAGGCAGCCCCGGAACCGAUGAGAAGAGAUUGAAAGAGCUGGGUUUCGGUCCUGAGGGUGACAGAGAACUAGUAGAGGCCAUCCUAGUCUUCUCAAAGUUGCUGGUGGAAAAAUGUGCAAAUCGUGCAGUCUACAACAGCACCGAUCGUUUGAAUGAUCUGCUGAACACCACUUCCCUUUCGUUGCUGCACACCACAUUGCGGAUCACCUUCUAUCUGGCGCAGAGAUAUGCUGAACGCACACAUACUUCGCAUCACCUAACUGUCAAGUUCUACGAUUUUGAUCAUGAGCGGCUCCAGAAACUUGCUGCGCCGUUCGGGCAGCCCUUGUCCCCUACGAAGCGUGGCACAACAUCGCCGGUCAAGGUUACAAAGUCAAAAGAGAAGUUAACCCCUUCGGGUAAACCGAGGCGAAGCUCUACAGCGGUCAAUCCCAACGACUUCCGAUCUCUCUGCAAGGAGACAACGAGCCACAGCGACCGCAGUAAAUCGACUGCUUUACCAGACCGCGAUUGGCAAACCUGGGCACAUGUGAGAGUGUCGUGGUCGCCACAGCCCGCUGAGCAGAAGCCUGCAGCUGGCGAGUCGUCUCAGUCUUCUGAUACUCCUUCGACUCCGACGCCAGUCAGACAGCAGUCCUCAGGGCUUAGCAGGAUGGACACGAACGGCACAUCCAGCAGCAGCCCCAGCCGCUUGGACACCACGCAGCACGAAGCUCAGCCGGAACUGAAGCAUGUCGAGCUGUCGCCAUCAGACCUGUCAAACACUUCCAUCGAGUCCAUCCUCUUGAGUCAACCUGAAGACAUGCCGCCGAAGGUGCGAUACGAGCUGCUGCACCAGCUCCGUGUCGCCCAUGGCUUAAUGACAUCUGCCAAAACCCGAAAGGAACUGCUUGCCAUCCGACUGCUAUCCAUUGCCAGCCUCGCAAAUGUGUUCAAUGAGUCUGAACUGUCCCAGAAACUCUUUCCCGUGGAUCAAGGAGGUCCGAAGCCCCAUGAUCUAAUCUCGCAACUUGUCAGUCUGAUCCACGACUCCAAGAAGGGCCAGCCGCCUGUCUCCCUAUACCUCCAGACCAUCGCCAUGGAAACGAUGAGUGUCCUGGCUCGUUUCAAGAUCUUUGCGUCGGACAUCAAUGGCGCCCUUGGAGGCGGAUCGUCGCAAGGACUUCUGUCGCAGUUGAUUCUGAAAGGUUUAAGCGACAUCGGCAAAGACAAUGACAGCACUGACACACCUGUUGGUGACGACUGGAGAGAAGCAGUCUUCUCCAUGCCCAGAACUCUGAUUCAAGCAAGUGGUCAUCAUGGACGUUCCAGCGAGGCAACCAUGGCCUCCAGUUUUAUCACUACUUACUUGGCCGGCUUCAAUGUCACAACUGGGAAAGCGCUUCGAGUCCAUCUGCGGAUGCUUGACUUCAUCAAAACGUUCUUCCACCACUUCAAGGAUGGCCUGACAACGCUGCUAGCGAGCAACGCAUUCGAGUCCAUCAGCGGCCUUCUUGCCAAGUUGGUGAACAGCGCAUGGACCAUGCUCCAGGCUGGUGAUGGUAUUCCUGCGCAGUACAAGACCCGUGCCACCGACUACGAUAUUCCUUACAUGCACCAGCAGAUCAUUAGAUCCAUCAUUGACAUGAUCAACGAUAUUAGCACUCAUCAGGGCACUCAGGCGGACCGAGUGUUACGGAGUUUUGUGGAUUCUCCAAACCUGCUCCGCUCCUUUCGACUCAUUACCGACCAUCUGGCUGCCUUUGGGGCGCAUACGUGGAGCGAGGUCGUGAAAGCGAUCUGUGGGUUUCUUCACAAUGAACCGACCAGCUACACAGUCAUCUCGGAAGCAGGGCUUAUCCAAAGUCUCCUCGAAACGGUAAAUGUUGGCCAGACGUCUACGGUAGAUCCGCAACAGUCGAGGUCCCUAUCCUCAGAGCCUGAAGGUCGUGUGCAAGGAAUACCACCAGUGAUUGAUGCCAUUGUCAAUAUAUCACAGGUGUUUGGCGCGGUCUGCUUGACAAAUGCUGGCUUUGACUAUUUCAAGGCAUCUGGUGCUCUGGAGAAAUUCUUCGAGAUCUUCGAGUCACCAGCCCAUGCCAAAGUCUUGAGCGAUCCCAAUGUCCUGGCACUACUUGGCUCGACUUUUGACGAGCUUAUCCGACAUCAUCCCAAUCUACGGACUUCUGUCCUGAGCGCGGUCAUCGUCAUGAUUUCUCGGGUUCGGCAUAUAACCAGAUCACUUGCUGUCGACUACGGUGCUGGACCGAAAAUCUGGGUAGGCUCCGAAGGUGCGUUCUCACCAUGUGGCGGGGUGGAUGCCCUGUCUCUUGAGAUAGUACCACCUCCUACCACGGUCGCAGGAAGUCCAGUGCCAGCUAGAACGAUCGACUUACCGAAUGGCGACAAGCUGAGUCUUAAGGACUCAAUAAUGCCGCCAAGCAGAUUAUCUGGAACCCCCUGCGAUCAGGAUAGCCAUGGCCUCAAAGCUAACGACUAUGCGAGACCUGCCAUCGGCUUCCUUGUGACGUUCUUUGAGAAUCAGACUCUUUGCAACAGCUUUCUUGACCACGGAGGUUGUGAUCUGGUAUUGGACUUUGUUACAAUGCCGAGCUUGCCAGCUGACAGCCAGCCGCUGAAUAGAAACAGCGGUUUGUUGGUGGAGUUGGCGGCAGCCGUCCAUAUGAUGGCUGAGUGCAAGCCUCACGUUGUACUUCCGACACUGGCUGACCGAACACGCUAUGCCUGUGCUGAGUUGAAGCAUUUCAGCCAAGGCCAACCCAAGGACUGGUCCUGCUAUUUCCUGCCAAUGGUCAGACCUGUAAAGGCAGGCAGAACUACGUCAGAUGUUGCAGAUUCUGACAAGGCUGAGGUUGAACUCGCCGGCACCAGAGUGGCAAAAGCUCUAAUGGCCGUUUUGUGCCUGGGCCAUGUUCUGGCCGAGGUCUUCAACGCACCCAUGUACAGCACAAGAACAACCCAGAAUACUCUCUUCAAUCAGGUCAAUCUGGCCGAUAUCCUUGCAGAUAUAUGCAAGAUGAUGGGAACUAUCUCAGCGGCCUGUUUCCGUGAGGACAUUGCUAUUCAACGUGUCAUUCCGCAGGGUUGGGCAUGGGAAACCCGAGCCCGAGACUUUACUUCCGGCGACGACGAAGUUGACAAGAUUUGGAUGAGCGUUCGUGAUAGUAAUGCGCGUCUGACGGACGAUUCCACGCCUAGUCAAGACGAGAACACCGUCAGUGACAGCACCAAGCUUGAGGACGAUAAGCAGACGCCCUUCUUCAAAAACGUGCAGACAUUACGCUUCCUCUUCGUCGAGACUCCUGCGGCCAUUACGGAAUUUUUGGAACGCUUGGGACGUGGCAUCACCGGCCGGCGACGAUCUGAUGGCUUUUCUCGGCAGAAGGCUGCUUUGGUAGCAAAUGCUCUUGCUUCAGCCUACCUCACUCAGCUGCAGCCAUACUUUCUCGAGACUGAGAGUACUGAGAGUACUACUAGUGCUACAUCUGAGGAUGUUGAGUCUCGUUUCACUUACUUCGUGAUCGCCCUCGAUAACGUCCGUCGCAGUUUUUACGACGAUGGCCAUCCUCCAGCAGGCCCUAAUCCCAUGUCACACCCUGGUCGGCAGAGUUUUGUGGUGGAGGCGUUUCGGAAAGUGGGCGGCGUCAAAAGUCUGACGGCCAUCGGAACAGAAUUCUUCGACAAGUUGAAGUCCUGCAAAGUAGAGCAUUCUAUGUUCUCCGCUAAUACCGGUCUCAAAAUCUGCCUCGGAAUCUUGGAUGACUUCACCAACUCCAAGCUUAUCAUGGAAUCAGCUCAGGCGAACAUAAUGAGAGUCACAGAUCCGACGAAACAAAUCUGGUUCGUCCCCGCACAAGUUCUUCUCAGCCUGCGAACAGAGGCCCUGCCCCUAACGCGUUUGGUAUGGGAAAGCGACUAUGCGGACCAGGCGUCGAAGGAUGUGGUUCAGAAGCUCGUAUCUAUCUUGAAACAUGUUCUGACGGGCGACCAUGAAAACGAAGCUGUCCAAUCCAGCAGCAGUUAUCCUGCUCUAGCACCUUACUCCCCGAGGAAACUGUUCAUUGACUCCCAGAAAGUCAGCCUACUCAAGGACAAAGGUUAUGAUGAGGAGCUUGCGAGAGAAGCGCUAUACCGCGCAAGCAACCAGUCAUCAAACAGCUUAACACCAGCGGAAGAAUAUUGCAAGGCUUUCUCGUCUAACCCUUGGCGUCGAAGACUUCCAAUUCCGUACGAACAGAGUGAACUUUCUGCGACAACUCGCGAUACUCCAAGCGUCACUAGUCCUCCAUCUAACUCGAUUCGACACUCUAUGACUGCUGCUCUCUUGGGAGUUCCUUCCGCUGGUUCGGUGGAAGCGGCGCUUGCAGAAUUUGCAAAUAACGCUGCAGAUCCAGACGAGAUGGAAGAUGUUGUCCAGACCCCUGACCCACCGAGCUCCGUGGCCCCGAGGCCUGCAGGAACCGCCUCAUCCGCUAUGGAUCUCAACAACAUACUGAAUAACGAAGGAGAUUUGAGGGAAGACUUACCACAGUCUUCACAACACGAGUCCACCACAACUUACUCCGUUGAGACGAUCACAGAACAGAGAGCAGAAAUUCGGGAGGAUCUCGCGGACCGUUGCAACAAUAUCCUGAACAAUCACCAAAACCUGACUUUCGAGCUGUCCGAUCUCAUCAUCAGUGCAACUAAGAAACUGCCGGACGAUCUUGCUAAGGACUACUGGAGGACAACUUCCGAUCUACUGGUCAGUUCGUUACUCUCCAUGCAGGUGGAGGAGGAUAUCAACGAAGCUCGUGGGAAGAAGAUUGCGGCGGCGGCACAUCUUGUGGCUCUCCUCAUCCAGGAUGGUGAUGUUUUCGACGAGACACUCAGUAUUUUCCAGGAGUCAUUUGCUGGCCUACUCUCGUAUCUGCGUUUGCCAGCCUCAGAUGGUCGUUCGGCGGAGGACUCAUUUCCUUGGAUAGCACCUGUCCUGUUGAUUGUCGAGAAGAUGCUUUCUAGAGGCAGCGAGCCCGCCGAAGUCAAAUGGAAUCCUCCUCAUGACCUGGAUUCGAGCGGCAAGGCGGAGCUCACUCCCAUCUCUGUUCUUGAUCAGGAAGAGAAGCUAGAAUUGUUCGAAACACUCGUCAACAUGUUAACCCGAGUCGGAAAGGACAAGACCAUGGCUGUCGCAAUCACUCGAGUACUAGUCAUCCUCACCCGCUCGAGAGACGUUGCCUCUCGGCUGGCCGAGAGGCGAAACCUACAGCGACUAUUCCUCAUGGUGAAACAGCUUGCAAAUGGCGUCGGUCAUCGAUUGCAGAGCUCCUUCAUGAUUGUGCUACGACACAUUGUAGAGGACGAGGAAACGGUCAAGCAAAUAAUGCGCAGCGAAAUCAAGGCCCACUUUAUCGCCCGUGGCUCAAAACAAGUCGACACUACGAGCUACGUUCGAGACUUGUACCACCUCGUCCUGCGAUCUCCCGAAGUCUUUGCCCAGAUAACAAACGAAAUGGUCAAAUUAUCAUCGUGGCAGCAAAGUGGAGGUGGCUCCAUCGGUGUCGUGCUCCGAGAGACGUCUGAUUCCACGUCAACCGAUGAGAAGAAGACAGAGCAAGCACAUUCCUCAACGGAGCCGAACGAGUUUUCUAUGGAGCCAGCAGCCAGUGUCGAGCCACCGGAAGAGUCUAUCGAAGAUCGGAACAAAAGCAAAGCUCUGGAGCUUAGAGUACCGGUUGUCGAAAAUCCAGACGGGGUAAUUCACUUCAUACUAUCGGAGCUCUUGAACUACAAAGAUGUCGAGGAUAAAGAGGUCGGCAUAGAGACGCCCGCCAAACCAGACGAGAACUCUAAAACUGAGCAGAGCCCGGUUCCGGAGAGUUCUGAGGACGCGCUCGAUCAACCACCGCAGCCCAAACCAGAAAAGCCGAAGUUCAAGCCCGAAGAUCAUCCCAUCUUCUCCUAUCGGUGCUUCCUGAUGUACAGUUUGACCGAGCUGCUACAUUCUUACAAUCGCACAAAGGUGGAGCUGAUCAAUUUCUCCCGGAAGGCAGAUCCCUUGUCCAUGACACCAUCAAAGCCCCGAGCAGGCAUCCUCAAUUAUCUCUUGAACGGACUGAUACCGUCUUGUCAUGUCGAAAAAGAGGAAUCACUGCAGUUCAAGAAGAAACUGCUCACAAGCGAUUGGGCAAUCCGGGUUGUUGUCGCCUUAUGUUCCAAGACUGGAGAAUCACGACACACUCCUGCGCAAAGAUUCUCCGCGCAAGCUCAAGUCGACGAUGCGGACAACGAGCCGGAUUUGACGUUCGUGCAACGAUUUGUCCUCGAACACGCCAUUAAGUCAUAUAAGGAUGCGAUGUCCUCCAAUGAGGUACUUCAGAUGAAAUACAGUCGCCUAUUGUGUCUUGCUGAUAUGUUUCAUCGCCUUAUUUCGAAGCCAGUUGUGCCUGAAGGGUCUGCUGGAUCCCAGAACACGUCUUACAAGGUCCUCGCCCGGAUGAUGUUCGAGAAGAACCUGAUAGCAGUCUUGACCAACUCUCUAGCAGACAUCGACCUUGGGUACCCCGGGUCGAAGAGAGUGAUCAAAUUCAUCCUGAGACCUCUGCAAGAGCUCACCACCUUAGCUAGCCAACUGAGCAUCACUGAUCCUGAUUUUGCCAACUCGGUCGCAGGAAACACUGCAGACGAUAUCAUAUCUUCGGCCUCUUCAGUCUCUGACGUUGACGAGGAGCGUGAAGAGACUCCCGAUCUCUUCCGCAACUCGGCACUUGGGAUGCUCGAUCCGAACAGAGAUUCUGAGUCGGAUUCUGAGGAACAAGAUGAAGACGAGGAUGAAGAGAUGUACGACGAGGAGUACGAUGACGAAAUGGAAUAUGACGAUGGCCUCGUCGCAGGCGGACCCAACGAUGACGAAGCGGUCAGUGACGACGAGGUGGACGACGAGAUGGGUCCUGAAGGAGAGAUCGAGGGUCUGCCUGGCGAUGUGCCCAUGGACAUCGAGUUCGUCGUCAAUGAUCCCCAUAUGGAAGUCGACACAGACGAUGACGACGAAGAUAACGAUGAGGAUGACGACAGUGACGAUGACGAGGAUGAUGAUGACGGGGAUGACGAAAUAAUUGUGGAAGAGGACGAAGAUGACGAUCAUCCAGACGAGUUCAAUGGAGACGAAGAGAACGAUAGUCUCCAUGGCGGCCAAGGUGACGAGGGUGAAUGGGAAGAUGAGGAAGAGGGAGACGAAGAUGACGCAAGUGAGCAUGAAGACGAUAUUGAAGAAAUCACUUUCGACGGUGACGACAUGCCAGUGCCUAUGGCCGGAGGGGGAAAUCUGACACAACCCGGGGUUCUGAGCAGUCUCCUUCGUGUCCUGAAUGAUCACGAUAUCGACGGACCUAUUGGCAUGCCUCACCAUGUCCCUCCUGAGCUUAUCGUCCCUGGCGCAGACCAUGUUGAGCCCGACGACGAGGACGAUGAAGAUGAAGAGGAUGAAGAUGGUGACGAAAUGGACGAGAAUGACGAGAUGGACUACGGUGAUUUCGACCAUUUUCUAGCUGGAGGUGGGGAUGGUGAUAUCGUGGACCAUACUGACCCUCUUCUAUGGAAUGGUCUUCCCAACAUGCGCCGAGCUCGACAUUUCCGUGGUCCAGGUGGACAUAUGGCCAGCUUCGUUGGCCGACGCGUGGCACAUCGUGAUGAGUUCAUACCUAUGGGUCGUCCACGGCUGCCACAACACGCGCGGUCUGGACUUGAUGACGGAACGAACCCGCUCCUACGCAGACCACAACAAGACACUCCUCGUCCUUCACGACUUGAUGCUGACGGGCCACCACUCGAUAUGGAAAUACUUCGUGAGGGAGGCGGCUUUCCGCCCUUUCCGGCCACAUUCCAGACGGUUAUUCGCAACGGCGACACCAUUGAGGCUGGUGGUCACGGAGCCAUGUUGGAUGCUAUUCUGCAAGCGCUUCACCGUGGCGAGCGCGUUGGUGAUGGACGUAUACAAUUUUCCAUGACUGCGCCACUCUCAGAGAUAGGGGAUGUCCUGAGACCGCCUAUCUCAGUGGUCAGCCAUCGUCCUCAUACCCGCGAAGAAUCAUCACGUGCCGGCAAUUUCAUACCUGCGCUGACCAUGACCAGAUGGCAAGAAGAGGCUCGCAUUCUCUUCGGCAACACCUACUUUGAAAAGGUUCAGCGUGUUCAAUAUGUCAUUAUGUCUCUCCUUGUACCUCUUGCGCAGCAGGAGGAAAAGGAACGCAAGCGCAAGCGCGAAGAGGAGCAGAAGGCGGAACGCGAGGAAAUGGAGCGACUGAGAGUAGAGUCUGAACGUCGCAAGCAAGAAGCCGAGGAACGUGAAGCAGCGGUAAAGGCUGAAGGAGAACGCUUGCGCGCAGAAGCUGAGGCCGAGGCUGCAACCAGAAGCAGAGAUGAGGUGGCCACUGAGCAUGACGAUGGCGAUACCGAGCCCAUGGAAGACGUGCAAGGCACUGAUACACAGGAACAUGCGGAUUCUGAAGGCGAGGUCGAUGAAUCCCAACCUCGCAUCUUUACCACCAUCCGAGGACGUCAGCUUGAUAUUACCGGACUGGACAUCGACUCGGAAUACUUGGAAGCUUUGCCGGAAGAGUUGCGGGAAGAGGUCAUCAUGGCACAAUAUGCCACACGUCGUGAACAGGCGCGAGAGACGGGCAACGAUUCGACAGGAAUUGAUCCAGACUUCCUCAAUGCUCUCCCAGAAGACAUUCGAGAAGAAAUCCGUCAACAAGAAGCUCACGCUCAACGUCGACGUGAGCGAGAAGCGGCUCGUCGACAAGUCGCCACGGCUGGCGGCCCAGCACAGGCAGAAGAAAUGGACAAUGACACCUUUCUGGCGACAUUGGACCCGGCUUUCCGUCGUGUGAUCCUCGCCGAACAACCACCCGAGAUUUUGCGACAACUGGAUCCUCGACAUGCUGCUGAAGGCCGGGCUCAUGCAAGACGUUUCUUUCAGUAUGCCAACGCUGGUGAUCGUGACGCACGGGCAACCGAUGAAAGUGCACAGCGGGACAACAAGCGACAGAUCGUUCAGAUGGUUGACAAAUCUGGUGUUGCCACUAUACUACGCCUUAUGUUCCUACCACAACAAGGAUCCCUCCGGACAAACUUGUGGCAUGUCCUUCGCAACAUCUGUGGCAAUCGACAAACCCGCUUUGAGGUCAUCAAUCUUCUGCUCGUGGUUCUUAAGGAGGGAUCGACAGAUGUCAGUGCAGUUGAACGCAGCCUUGCAAGCUUGUCCCUGCGUGCUAAGGCCACGGUCGGGCAAAAGACCCCCCAACCCUUGAAGCGUACGAUUUCGAUGCAACCUGCGAGGGGCAUCAGCGAAGAUGUCACACCUCUUGUGGUUGUGCAACAAUGUCUGUCAGCUUUGAAACAACUGUGUCAGAAUAGUGUCCAUACUCGAACCAUCUUCCUGCGUGAGGUCGAUGUCAACCCGGCGGUUAGAAAAGGCAAGGGAAAGGCAAAGGAAGCCAAAAUUAUCAAGUAUCCCAUCAACGACCUGGUUGGCCUUCUGGAUCGCAAGUUGAUCGUCGAGAGCUCAUCUUGUCUUCAGUCUCUUGCAGAACUACUUUCGGCUGUAACUCAGCCGUUGUCCUUGUUGCUGCGAAAGGACAAGGAGAAGCCUUCGGACGAAGAGAAGCCUAAUGAGGGCAGUGGAAAUGAAGAGUCCACCUCUGCCUCACGGCUUCCGACAGAGCAGCAGCAGUCUGAAGAGGAGCGUGACAUCGAACUCAGAGACGCGCCGACUACAGCGUCGCAGGGCAACCCAUCCCAUGCCAGCAGUGUGGUGGCUGAGCAGGGUGGAAUCACAGAUCCUGCAACCAAGCCCGAGACCGGACAAGUCAAUGGCGAGGAAGCAAAAUCCAAGAAAGCCUUUGAACCGCCAGAGAUCUCCGAGCACAACUUGGAGCUCGUUGUCAGCAUCUUUGUGGCACCGGAAUGCAACAGCGACACUUUCCAUUCCGCUCUGGAGACGGUUUCAAGCCUAUCUAACAUCCCUGGCACUUCGGUCACAUUUCGCAUAGAACUGAUCAAGCAUGUCAAGAGCCUAUCUCAGUCAAUCUGCGCCGACCUCGACGAGCUAAUUCCACAAUUGAGGGAAGCCCAGUCAAUCACGGACCUACAUGCACUCUCGUCGUCCAAGUUCUCUCAUGGAGGGUCUGACCAAGUCAAGCUUCUCCGUGUUUUGCAGGCCCUGGAUUACCUUUCAGCCUCCAAGAACGACGUUGAGGAAACCGAGGACCAGACAACCUCAUACGACAGCCUUGCACUGAGACCGCUAUGGGACAAAUUGAGCGAAUGUUUGACGACUGUUCGGGAGAAAGACAACAUCACCAGCUUUGCCACGAUUCUUUUGCCUCUUAUCGAGUCGCUUAUGGUCGUGUGCAAGAAUGCCUCUCUCAAAGACUCAGCAUUAGCCCGACAGAUCAAGGAGCAGAUGCAAGGAAGCCCAGCGCCGGAAGUCAUGGAUGACAUCCAAGAACUUUUCUUCAAUUUCACCACGGAGCACCGCAAGAUUCUCAACGAUAUCAUUCGUCAAACUCCAAAGUUGAUGCAAGGCAACGGCAGCUUCAGCCUCUUAGUGAAGAAUCCCAAAGUGCUGGAUUUCGACAAUAAGCGCACAUACUUCACCAAGCAAAUCCACUCUCGUCUGCACCAACAGCGACACAUCCAGCCGCCCUUACAACUCAACGUACGUCGUGACCAGAUCUUCCUGGACUCUUACAAGGCACUGUAUUACAAGACCGCCGAUGAAAUGAAGUAUGGCAAACUCAACAUCCGUUUCAAUGGUGAAGAAGGUGUUGAUGCCGGUGGUGUUACACGAGAGUGGUUCCAGGUCCUUGCUCGUGGCAUGUUCAAUCCCGACUGGGCUCUUUGGCAGCCAGUCGCUGCUGACCGUACUACAUUCCAUCCAAAUCCCCUCAGCUGGAUCAAUGGAGAACACCUUCUGUACUUCAAGUUCAUUGGCCGCAUUAUCGGCAAAGCACUCCACGAGGGCCGCGUCCUUGAUUGUCACUUUAGCAGAGCUGUCUACAAACGCUUGCUCGGCAAGGAACCCAACCUCAAAGAUCUCGAGUCCAUGGAUCUUGAUUAUUACAAGAGUCUUGUGUGGAUCUUGGAGAAUGACAUCACUGAUGUUAUCAGUGAAGACUUUUCAGUCAUCGAGGAGCAGUUUGGUGAAGAGAAGGUCGUCGACCUGAUUCCGAAUGGACGAAAUAUCCCUGUCACCGAGGAGAACAAGAAAGAAUAUGUCAACGCUCAAGUUCGCUAUCGCCUCACAACAUCAGUUCAGGAGCAACUCGAGAACUUUACUCGAGGCUUCCACGACAUCAUCCCGGCAGAGUUGGUUAGGAUCUUUGACGAGCAAGAGCUCGAAUUGCUGGUCUCUGGACUUCCGGAAAUUGAUGUGGACGACUGGAAAGCUCAUACCGAGUACCACAACUAUACGGCCAACAGUCCACAAAUUACCUGGUUCUGGCGCAUUGUCCGAGGCAUGAGCAACGAAGAACGGGCGAAACUGUUGCAAUUCGUCACAGGCACCAGCAAGGUUCCCCUCAACGGUUUCAAAGAUCUGGAAGGAAUGCAAGGAAAUACCUUGUUCAGUAUCCACAAGGAUCCAAGUCAAACCCGACUUCCAACGAGCCAUACUUGCUUCAACCAACUUGACCUACCUUCUUACGAUGACUACGAGACACUGAAGAGCAACCUGAUGACAGCGAUUAACCUUGGUGCAGAUUACUUCGGAUUCGCAUGA